GUCAACUACCUCUCUACUAUCUGUCAACUGCUUCAGAUUAACUACCGAUGAUGAAAUCAUCCACAAGGUUGAUCACGUUCAUUACUUUGGCUCUUUCUCCCCUCAUAAAUGCUGCAACUACAGUCUCAGGAAGCGCAUAUGGUUUUGCCAAAGGAGUUUCUGGCGGUGGCUCAGCAGUAGCUGCAGCACCAUCUGAUAUUGCUCAACUCAAAUCAUGGCUCGCUGAUAGUACACCGCGAGUAAUCCUCAUCGAUAAAACUUUCAACUUUGUUGGUUCCGAAGGAUCAGCUACUGAUACUGGUUGUUAUCAAGCUAGCUGCAAGCCGUCUAAUGGUGGUCAAGAUUACAUAGGAACCCUAAGUUGUACACCCGGAUCUAACAUUGUUGCCUCUACCAUCACUUACGAUAAAGCCGGAUCGACUCCUCUAGUUGUCGCAUCUUCAAAAACACUUUUGGGUGUUGGUAGCGCUGGUGUCAUUGCGGGUAAAGGACUCAGAAUCCCUGCUACCAGUACCAAUAUCAUUAUUCAAAAUAUUCAUUUCACAAAUAUGAACCCUGCACAUGUUUGGGGUGGAGAUGCUAUUUCUUUGGAGGGAAGUAGAGGUGUUUGGAUUGAUCAUUGUAAAUUCAGUUUAAUUGGAAGACAAAUGAUUGUUUCACAUUAUGCCGCUAGUCAAUUCACGAUUUCUAAUUGUGAGUUCUAUGGUACAACCACAACUUCAGCUACCUGCAAUGGUAAUCAUUACUGGACCAUGAUGAUUGAUGGUCCUAACGACCUACUCACUCUCGAUAGAAAUUACUGGCACAACUUAUCAGGUCGAGCACCAAAAGUUAGUGGUACUAAUGCCGUGGUUCAAAUUACCAACAAUUACAUGGCCAAUAACGCCGGCCACGACUUUGAACUUUACGACGGAACUACGGUAUUAGUUGAGGGUAACGUACUCGAAAAUGUCACUUUACCUUUUAGUGGUACAGGUGGUACUGUCUGGAAUGUUCCAGAUUCUACAUCUGCAACUACUUGUGCCAGUUAUUUGGGGCGAAAUUGUGCUUUAAACACCGUCACGAAUUCGGGUGCUGCUUGGCCUAGUCUUAAAGUCGUAGCGGCUUUAACCACUUUCAAGCAAUAUGGUAAUAAUUGGUUAGUCACUCCCGUUGCAGCUAGCGCUGUUAAGAGUAGUGUUUUAGCCAAUGCAGGUGUUGGAAAGAUAUAGAUAUAUCAGGAUGGUUAUUGAUUGGAACAGUAACUAGAAGGGUGAUCAUUCAUGGGAAAAUAAAUGAGUUUGAGUCGGAAUUUCGCUUAACGGUUCA